AUGGACGUGGACGUAGAUGUGGACAUUGUCGUGGACGUGGACAUUGUCGUGGACGUGGACGUGGACGUGGUCUUGGACGUCGACAUGGACGUGGACGUGGACGUGGUCGUGGACGUGGACGUGGACGUGGACAUGGACGUGGACGUGGACGUGGACGUGGACAUGGACGUCGACCUGGACGUGGACGUGGACGUGGACGUGGUGGUGGACGUGGACGUGGACGUGGACGUGGACGUGGACAUGGACGUGGACGUGGACGUGGUCGUGGACGUGGAGGUGGACGUGGACGUGGACGUGGACAUGGACGUGGACGUGGACGUGGACGUCGACCUGGACGUGGACGUGGACGUGGACAUGGACGUGGACAUGGACGUCGACGUGGACGUGGACGUGGACGUGGACGUGGACGUGGUCGUGGACGUGGACGUGGACGUGGACGUCGACGUGGACAUUGUCGUGGACGUGGACCUGGACGUGGACGUGGACAUGGAGGACAUGGACGUGGACAUGGACGUGGACAUAGACGUGGACGUGGACGUGGACAUGGACAUGGACGUGGACGUGGACAUGGACGUGGAGAUGGACGUGGACGUGGACGUGGACAUGGACGUGGACGUGGACGUGGACAUGGACGUGGACGUGGACGUGGACGUGGACAUUGUCGUGGACGUGGACAUGGACGUGGACGUGGACGAGGAGGUGGACGUGGACGUGGAGGUGGACGUGGACAUGGACGUGGACGUGGACGUGGACAUGGACGUGGACAUAGACGUGGACAUGGACAUCGACGUGGUCGUGGACAUGGACGUGGAUAUGGACGUGGACGUGGACGUGGACGUGGAUGUGGAGGACUUGGACGUGGACAUGGACAUGGACGUGGACGUGGACGUGGACGUUGACGUGGACAUGGACGUGGAUGUGGACCUGGACGUGGACGUGGACGUGGUCGUGGACGUUGACGAGGACGUGGACGUGGUCGUGGACGUGGACGUAGACGUGGAUGUGGACGUGGUCGUGGACGUGGACGUGGACGUGGACAUGGACGUGGACGUGGACGUGGACGUGGAUGUGAAGAUGGACGUGGACCUGGACGUGGACGUGGACGUGGACGUGGACAUGGACGUGGACAUGGAUGUGGACGUGGACGUGGACGUAGACAUUGUCGUGGACGUGGACGAAGACGUGGACGUGGACGUGGUCGUGGACGUGGACGUGGACGUCGACGUGGACAUGGACGUGGACGUGGACGUGGACAUUGUCGUGGACCUGGACAUUGUCGUGAACGUGGACGUGGACGUGGACAUGGACGUGGUCAUGGACGUGGACGUAGACGUCGACGUGGACGUGGACGUGGACAUGGACGUGGACGUGGACAUGGACGUGGACGUGGACGUGGAGGACAUGGACGUGGACAUGGACGUGGACGUAGACGUGGACGUGGACGUGGACUUGGACAUGGACAUGGACGAGGACGUGGACGUGGACAUGGACAUGGACAUGGACAUGGACGUGGACGUGGAUAUGAACGUGCACGUGGACGUGGACGUGGACAUGGACGUGGACAUGGACGUGGAUAUGGACGUGGACGUGGACGUGGACGUGGACAUGGACGUGGACGUGGACGUGGACGUGGACGACUUGGACGUGGACAUGGACGUGGACGUGGACGUGGACGUGGACAUGGAGGUGGACGUGGACAUGGACGUGGACGUGGACGUGGACGUGGACAUGGACGUCGACGUGGUCGUGGACAUGGACGUGGAUGUGGACGUGGACGUGGACGUGGACGUGGACGUGGAGGACUUGAACUUGGACAUGGACAAGGACGUGAACGUGGAUGUGGACGUGGACGUUGACGUGGACAUGGACAUAGACGUGGACGUGGACAUGGACAUGGACGUGGACGUGGACGUGGACGUGGAUAGGGAAGUGGACCUGGACGUGGACGUGGACAUGGACGUGGACAUGGAUGUGGACGUGGACAUGGACGUGGACAUGGAUGUGGACGUGGACGUGGACGUGGACGUGGACAUAGACGUGGACGUGGACGUGGAUGUGGACAUGGACGGACAUGGACAUGGACGUGGACACUUGGAGGACUUGGAAGUGGACGUGGACGUGGACGUGGACGUGGAUGUGGAGGUGGACGUGGACGUGGACGUGGACGUGGAUGUGGACGUGGACGUGGACGUGGAUGUGGACGUGGACGUGGACGUGGUCGUGGACGUUGACGAGGACGUGGACGUGGUCGUGGACGUGGACGUAGACGUGGAUGUGGACGUGGUCGUGGACGUGGACGUGGACGUGGACGUGGACGUGGACAUGGACGUGGACGUGGACGUGGAUGUGAAGAUGGACGUGGACCUGGACGUGGACGUGGACGUGGACAUGGACGUGGACGUGGACGUGGACGUGGACAUUGUCGUGGACGUGGACAUGGACGUGGACGUGGACGAGGAGGUGGACGUGGACGUGGAGGUGGACGUGGACAUGGACGUGGACGUGGACGUGGACAUGGACGUGGACAUAGACGUGGACAUGGACAUCGACGUGGUCGUGGACAUGGACGUGGAUAUGGACGUGGACGUGGACGUGGACGUGGAUGUGGAGGACUUGGACGUGGACAUGGACAUGGACGUGGACGUGGACGUGGACGUUGACGUGGACAUGGACGUGGAUGUGGACCUGGACGUGGACGUGGACGUGGUCGUGGACGUUGACGAGGACGUGGACGUGGUCGUGGACGUGGACGUAGACGUGGAUGUGGACGUGGUCGUGGACGUGGACGUGGACGUGGACAUGGACGUGGACGUGGACGUGGACGUGGAUGUGAAGAUGGACGUGGACCUGGACGUGGACGUGGACGUGGACGUGGACAUGGACGUGGACAUGGAUGUGGACGUGGACGUGGACGUAGACAUUGUCGUGGACGUGGACGAAGACGUGGACGUGGACGUGGUCGUGGACGUGGACGUGGACGUCGACGUGGACAUGGACGUGGACGUGGACGUGGACAUUGUCGUGGACCUGGACAUUGUCGUGAACGUUGACGUGGACGUGGACAUGGACGUGGUCAUGGACGUGGACGUAGACGUCGACGUGGACGUGGACGUGGACAUGGACGUGGACGUGGACAUGGACGUGGACGUGGACGUGGAGGACAUGGACGUGGACAUGGACGUGGACGUAGACGUGGACGUGGACGUGGACUUGGACAUGGACAUGGACGAGGACGUGGACGUGGACAUGGACAUGGACAUGGACAUGGACGUGGACGUGGAUAUGAACGUGCACGUGGACGUGGACGUGGACAUGGACGUGGACAUGGACGUGGAUAUGGACGUGGACGUGGACGUGGACGUGGACAUGGACGUGGACGUGGACGUGGACGUGGACGUGGACGACUUGGACGUGGACAUGGACGUGGACGUGGACGUGGACGUGGACAUGGAGGUGGACAUGGACAUGGACGUGGACGUGGACGUGGACGUGGACAUGGACGUCGACGUGGUCGUGGACAUGGACGUGGAUGUGGACGUGGACGUGGACGUGGACGUGGACGUGGAGGACUUGAACUUGGACAUGGACAAGGACGUGAACGUGGAUGUGGACGUGGACGUUGACGUGGACAUGGACAUAGACGUGGACGUGGACAUGGACAUGGACGUGGACGUGGACGUGGACGUGGAUAGGGAAGUGGACCUGGACGUGGACGUGGACAUGGACGUGGACAUGGAUACGUGGACGUGGACAUGGAUGUGGACAUGGACGGACAUGGACAUGGACGUGGACGUGGACGUGGACGUGGACAUGGACGUGGACGUGGACGUGUACGUGGACGUGGACGUGGACGUGGACGUAGACUUGGAGGACUUGGAAGUGGACGUGGACGUGGACGUGGACGUGGAUGUGGAGGUGGACGUGGACGUGGAUGUGGACGUGGACAUGGACGUGGACGUGGACGUGGAUGUGGACGUGGACGUGGACGUGGUCGUGGACGUUGACGAGGACGUGGACGUGGUCGUGGACGUGGACGUAGACGUGGAUGUGGACGUGGUCGUGGACGUGGACGUGGACGUGGACGUGGACGUGGACAUGGACGUGGACGUGGACGUGGACGUGGAUGUGAAGAUGGACGUGGACCUGGACGUGGACGUGGACGUGGACGUGGACAUGGACGUGGACAUGGAUGUGGACGUGGACGUGGACGUAGACAUUGUCGUGGACGUGGACGAAGACGUGGACGUGGACGUGGUCGUGGACGUGGACGUGGACGUCGACGUGGACAUGGAUGUGGACGUGGACGUGGACAUUGUCGUGGACCUGGACAUUGUCGUGAACGUGGACGUGGACAUGGACGUGGUCAUGGACGUGGACGUGGACGUCGACGUGGACGUGGACGUGGACGUGGACAUGGACGUGGACGUGGACAUGGACGUGGACGUGGACGUGGAGGACAUGGACGUGGACAUGGACGUGGACGUAGACGUGGACGUGGACGUGGACUUGGACAUGGACAUGGACGAGGACGUGGACGUGGACAUGGACAUGGACAUGGACGUGGACGUGGAUAUGAACGUGCACGUGGACGUGGACGUGGACAUGGACGUGGACAUGGACGUGGAUAUGGACGUGGACGUGGACGUGGACGUGGACAUGGACGUGGACGUGGACGUGGACGUGGACGACUUGGACGUGGACAUGGACGUGGACGUGGACGUGGACGUGGACAUGGAGGUGGACGUGGACAUGGACGUGGACGUGGACGUGGACGUGGACGUGGACAUGGACGUCGACGUGGUCGUGGACAUGGACGUGGAUGUGGACGUGGACGUGGACGUGGACGUGGACGUGGAGGACUUGAACUUGGACAUGGACAAGGACGUGAACGUGGAUGUGGACGUGGACGUUGACGUGGACAUGGACAUAGACGUGGACGUGGACGUGGACAUGGACGUGGACGUGGACGUGGAUAGGGAAGUGGACCUGGACGUGGACGUGGACAUGGACGUGAACAUGGAUGUGGACGUGGACAUGGACGUGGACAUGGAUGUGGACGUGGACGUGGACGUGGACGUGGACAUGGACGUGGACGUGGACGUGGAUGUGGACAUGGACGGACAUGGACAUGGACGUGGACACUUGGAGGACUUGGACGUGGACGUGGACGUGGACAUGGACGUGGAUGUGAAGGUGGACGUGGACGUGGACGUGGACGUGGACAUGGACGUGGACGUGGACGUGGAUGUGGACGUGGACGUGGACGAGGACGUGGACAUGGACGUGGACGUGGACGUGGACUUUGUCGUGGACGUGGACGUGGACGUGGACGUAGACGUGGUCGUGGAUGUGGACUUGGACAUGGACGUGGAAGUGGACGUGGACGUGGACGUGGACUUCGCAACGUGGACGUGGACGUGGACGUGGACUUCGCAACACGUCGACGUGGACGUUGACGUGGACGUGGACAUGGACGUGGACGUGGACAUGGACGUGGACGUGGACAUGGACGUGGACAUGGACGUGGACGUGUACGUGGACAUGGACGUGGACGUGGACGUGGUCAUGGACGUGGACGUGGACGUGGACGUGGUCGUGGACGUGGACGUGGACGUGGACGUGGUCGUGGACAUGGACGUGGACGUGGACGUGGACAUGGAGGUGGACGUGGACGUGGAGGACAUGGACGUGGACAUGGACGUGGAGGACAUGGACGUGGACAUGGACGUGGACGUAGACGUGGACGUGGACGUGGAGGACAUGGACGUGGACAUGGACGUGGACGUAGACGUGGACAUGAACGUGGAGGUGGACGUGGACGUGGACAUGGACAUGGACGUGGACGUGGACGUGGACAUGGACAUGGACGUGGACGUGGACGUGGACAUGGACGUGGAGAUGGACGUGGACGUGGACGUGGACAUGAACGUGGAGGUGGACGUGGACGUGGACAUGGACACGUGGACGUGGACGUGGUUGGGACGUGGACACGUGGACAUUGUCGUGGACGUGGACAUUGUCGUGGACGUGGACGUGGACGUGGACGUGGUCUUGGACGUGGACGUGGACGUGGUCGUGGACGUGGACGUGGACGUGGACGUGGACGUCGACAUGGACGUGGAUGUGGACGUGGACGUGGACAUGGACGUCGACCAGGACGUGGACGUGGACGUGGACAUAGACGUGGACAUGGACGUGGACGUGGACGUGGACGUGGACUUUGUCGUGGACGUGGACGUGGAGGUGGUCGUGGACGUGGACGUGGACGUCGACGUCGACGUAGACGUGAACAUUGUCGUGGACGUGGACGUGGUCGUGGAUGUGGACGUGGACGUGGACGUGGACGUGGACGUGGACGUAGACGUGGACAUGGACGUGGACGUGGACGUGGACAUGGACGUGGACGUGGACGUGGAGGACAUGGAUGUGGACAUGGACGUGGACAUAGACGUGGACGUGGACGUGGACAUGGACAUGGACGUGGACGUGGACGUGGACAUGGACGUGGAGAUGGACGUGGACGUGGACGUGGACAUGGACGUGGACGUGGACGUGGACAUGGACGUGGACGUGGACGUGGACGUGGACAUUGUCGUGGACGAGGAGGUGGACGUGGACGUGGAGGUGGACGUGGACAUGGACGUGGACGUGGACGUGGACGUGGACAUGGACGUGGACAUAGACGUGGACAUGGACAUCGACGUGGUCGUGGACAUGGACGUGGAUAUGGACGUGCACGUGGACGUGGACGUGGAUGUGGAGGACUUGGACGUGGACAUGGACAUGGACGUGGACGUGGACGUGGACGUUGACGUGGACAUGGACGUGGAUGUGGACCUGGACGUGGACGUGGACGUGGUCGUGGACGUUGACGAGGACGUGGACGUGGUCGUGGACGUGGACGUAGACGUGGAUGUGGACGUGGUCGUGGACGUGGACGUGGACGUGGACGUGGACGUGGACAUGGACGUGGACGUGGACGUGGACGUGGAUGUGGACGUGGAGGACAUGGACGUGGACAUGGACGUGGACGUGGACGUGGACGUGGACGUGGACGUGGACGUGGAGGACAUGGACGUGGACAUGGACGUGGACGUAGACGUGGACGUGGACGUGGACUUGGACAUGGACAUGGACGAGGACGUGGACGUGGACAUGGACAUGGAGAUGGAAUUGGACGUGGACGUGGAUAUGAACGUGGACGUGGACGUGGACGUGGACAUGGACGUGGACAUAGACGUGGAUAUGGACGUGGACGUGGACGUGGACAUGGACGUGGACGUGGACGUGGACGUGGACGACUUGGACGUGGACAUGGACGUGGACGUGGACGUGGACGUGGACAUGGAGGUGGACGUGGACAUGGACGUGGACGUGGACGUGGACGUGGACGUGGACAUGGACGUCGACGUGGUCGUGGACAUGGACAUGGAUGUGGACGUGGACGUGGACGUGGACGUGGACGUGGAGGACUUGAACUUGGACAUGGACAAGGACGUGGACGUGGAUGUGGACGUGGACGUUGACGUGGACAUGGACAUAGACGUGGACGUGGACGUGGACAUGGACGUGGACGUGGACGUGGACGUGGAUAGGGAAGUGGACCUGGACGCGGACGUGGAUAUGGACGUGGAAAUGGAUGUGGACGUGGACAUGGACGUGGACAUGGAUGUGGACGUGGACGUGGACGUGGACAUGGACGUGGACGUGGAUGUGGAUGUGGACAUGGACGGACAUGGACAUGGACGUGGACACUUGGAGGACUUGGACGUGGACGUGGACGUGGACGUGGACGUGGAUGUGGAGGUGGACGUGGACGUGGACGUGGACGUGGACAUGGACGUGGACGUGGACGUGGAUGUGGACGUCGACGUGGACGAGGACGUGGACAUGGACAUGGACGUGGACGUGGACAUUGUCUGGACGUGGACGUGGACGUGGACUUCGCAACGUGGACGUGGACGUGGACGUGGACGUGGACGUGGACGUGGACUUCGCAACGUGGACGUGGAGAUGGACGUGGACGUAGACGUCGACGUGGACGUUGACGUGGACGUGGACAUGGACGUGGACGUGGACAUGGACGUGGACGUGGACAUGGACGUGGACAUGGACGUGGACGUCGACGUGGACGUGGACAUGGACGUGGACGUGGACGUGGUCAUGGACGUGGACGUGGACGUGGACGUGGUCGUGGACGUGGACGUGGACGUGGACGUGGUCGUGGACAUGGACGUGGACGUGGACGUGGACAUGGACGUGGACGUGGACGUGGAGGACAUGGACGUGGACGUGGACGUGGAGGACAUGGACGUGGACAUGGACGUGGACGUAGACGUGGACGUAGACGUGGAGGACAUGGACGUGGACAUGGACGUGGACGUAGACGUAGACGUGGACGUGGACAUGGACAUGGACGUGGACGUGGACGUGGACGUGGACAUGGACGUGGAGAUGGACGUGGACGUGGACGUGGACAUGAACGUGGAGGUGGACGUGGACGUGGACAUGGACGUGGACGUGGACGUGGACAUGGACGUGGACGUGGACGUGGACGUGGACAUGGACGUGGACGUGGAUGUGGACAUGAACGUGGACGUGGACGUGGACGUAGACGUGGACGACUUGGACGUGGACAUGGACGUGGACGUGGAGGUGGACGUGGACAUGGACGUGGACGUGGACGUGGACGUGGACAUGGACGUGGACGUGGACGUGGACAUGGACAUCGACGUGGUCGUGGACGUGGACGUGGAUGUGGACGUGGACGUGGACGUGGAGGACUUGGACGUGGACAUGGACAUGGACGUGGUUGUGGACGUGGACGUGGACGUUGACGUCGACAUAGACUUGGACGUGGACGUGGACGUGGACGUGGACAUGGACGUGGACGUGGAUAGGGAAGUGGACCUGGACGUGGACGUGGACAUGGACGUGGACAUGGAUGUGGACAUGGACAUGGACGUGGACAUGAAUGUGGACGUGGACGUGGACGUGGACGUGGACAUGGACGUGGACGUAGACGUGGACGUGGAUGUGGACAUGGACAUGGACAUGGACUAG